CCCGGCCUUUUUGCUCCCGGGGCCCCCGGGGGCCCCGGGGGGCCCCCGGGGGCCCCCGGGGCCCCCAACGGGAGCGGGGCCGUGGACGUGCACCAGGAGCUCACAGAACUGAUCCUGGACGGCCGCAGCAUCCGCAGCAUCUCGCGAGAAGACGCAGCAGCUCUGGGGAAGUUUUCGAAUUUAACAAAACUGACUUUGAACCAAACGGGGCUGGCCUCGCUGGAGCACCUGCCGCGCAUGCCGGGUGUACGUACACUCGAAGCCACCGACAACCACCUCGCCAAGGACCUCCACUUCCUCGUCGAGGCCUUUCCCAACCUCAGGAAGCUCCAGCUCGGCGGCAACCACCUCAAGACCUUCGAGGACCUCCAGCCCCUGGCGCGGCUGACGCAGCUGGAGCAGCUGGGGCUGGACCUCAACCCCGUUGCUGCGCUGCCGGACUACAGAGAGAAGCUCUUUUUGCUGCUGCCUUCGCUGCAAGUCCUCGACUCCAGAGACCGCCUCGGCGAGGAGCGCGAGGCCCCCGACUCCGACGAAGACGACGAGGAAGACG